AAUGGUAUUAACUGUUCUCAUACAAACACACAGAAUUGUGUAUGCGCAAUCUUGAACAAGGCUCCUGCCUCAGUUGUGGAAAGGAGACUUCUCUUCCUGAGAAGGUUCCUCAAGUCUCUCACCUCACCCCCAGCUUCCACAGCGCGGCACCUGUACCUCCGGGGCGGCGCUGGGGUUGGCUCCAUGACCAAGAUCUAUGGGGGACGUCAGAGAAAUGGCGUCAUGCCCAGCCACUUCAGCCGAGGCUCCAAGAGUGUGGCACGCCGGGUCCUCCAAGCCCUGGAGGGGCUGAAAAUGGUGGAAAAGGACCAAGAUGGGGGCCGCAAACUGACACCUCAGGGACAGCGAGAUCUAGACAGAAUCGCCGGACAGGUGGCAGCUGCCAACAAGAAGCAUUAGAACAAAUGAUGCUGGGUUAAUAAAUUGCCUCAUUCGUAAUCCC